AUGCCUUUUUUUUUCACUGCAGGCCACACGGCCGAGUCGCCGGAAUCGUCCAGAGACGCAGCGCUUCCGGUUUCGUCCAACGGUGGUGGCGGCGCGCCCAGCUCACCGACACCCGGACAUCUCAAUGGACAGGACGAGGAGCAGUCGGACGGCAGCGCAGGCAUCGUGGCCGACGACGCGUCGCCAGGGAGGCUGCUGGUGGUCAGCGACCUGGGGGGCGAGUCGGCCGGUGCAGCAGACAAGGCGGACGAGAGACGUCGGAGCAACAGCAGCAGCAAGGUGCAAAACGCGAUUCGGGCGCAGAUGAGCGGCAGCGUGGAGUUGUCGGAUCUGGACGUGAUCGGCGGCGGGUCGAGCGAUGAUGUCGGCGACAAAAACGUCAGCGAUGUCGAUGUCGGGAACGGCGAGGCCGAAGAGGUGAGCGAGAUCAAGGAGGCUAAAGAGGUCAAGGAGGUCAGGUCAGCUGCUGGGACGCCAUCGGCAGAGACGUCGGCGGCGACGUCGCCGGUGCCGACUGUCAAGAAGAGGGGCCGGCCGCCGGGUCCGCGCACAAUGAUGCCUUCAAUAGGUCGGCCGGUUGGCCGACCGCCUGGCAGCCGCGCUCCGAUCGCAGUAGCUACGCCGGUUAAGUCUCGACGCAGACUCUCGGCUCCUAUCCCCGUGCCCGGCGCGGCUGCGGCUGCGGCUGUUCUGCAGGCACCGGCCACGGCACCGCGGCGUUCGCUCAAGCGCCCGGCGGUCGAUGAGGCGGCGCCAGCGGCCGAGACGCCAGUUGCAAAGAAGCGCGUGGGCCGGCCGGCCAAAACAGCCACGACAGCGGCACCGGCACAGGCAAAGAAGACGGCCACCAGCAGCACCAAGACCGCAGCAGUAAGCGGCCGGGGCCGGGGCAGACCCAAAAAGACUGCCGGCACGGCAGCCACUAUUGCACCAUCGACAGAAACACGAAAGUCGGUGCGGACAUUGACGCUGCCCAAGAGAGCUGCCGCCAUUGCCGCGGUCAAGCCAGCGGCCAAGCCAGCGGCCGAGCCAGCUCCGAAAACGGCCAAGACGGCCAAGACGGCCAAGGAGGCAACAAGCGGGGCCAAGCGGGGCCGCAAGCCGGCUGCAGGCAAGAGCACACCGGAGGUGUACACAGUGGAGGCGAUUCUGGACGAGCGCGUGGAUCGCACGACGAUGAAGAAGGAGUAUCUGCUCAAAUGGCAGGGCUUUCCCAAGUCGAAGAGCACGUGGGAGCCGCAGACACAUCUGGUGGGGUGCAAGAAGCUGCUGCGGGACUUUGAGAAGACGAAGAAGGCCUGA